CGAGAAGUCAAGCCCAACUCAAUCCCCAAUCAUUCAAGAUACAGCUCAAAGGCAGAAGAGCAAUACUCUCAUUCGCUGGAAUCAUACUAGCAACAAUCAUCAUGGUCAGAAAGGCAUACAAACCGGUCGAAACAGGCGACGACACGACAACUGCCACGGCUCCGGCGUCGGAAGUCGAGGCGCCCUCAUGUUUCAGCGAUGGACUACCGCUGCCUCAAGUCAUGGUAUUCGAUUUGGAUUACACUCUCUGGCCGUUCUGGGUAGACACCCAUGUUACAGGGCCGCUCAAGCCCACCAAGGAUGGCCUUGUCGUCAAGGACCGCUAUAACGACUCAUACGGCUUCUACCCUGAUGUAGCCGCUAUUCUUGUUGCAAUCAAAGAGAAGAACCUGACGCUAUGCGCCGCAUCACGAACCCAAGCCCCAGAACUCGCUCGCGAGAUGCUCUCCUACCUUCACGUCCCGACCUCGCCUUCCUCAUCUUCCUCACCAAAAGCCCUCUCCGUAUUCGAUGAGCUGGAAAUCUAUCCUGGAGACAAGAAGACGCAUUUCUCGCGCAUACACAAGAGAACGAAUAUACCAUAUGAGGAAAUGCUCUUUUUUGACGACGAGUCAAGGAACAAGAAUGUCGAGACGCUGGGUGUGGUUAUGAAAUUGGUAAGAGACGGUGUAAGCAGGAAAGAGGUCGAUGCUGGUGUCAAGUUGUGGAGAGAAAGGAAUCAUAGGAUGAAGAAGGAGGACUAGAUUGCUGUGACCUCUUAUACUGUCCUCUCCAGCAACCCACCGACCUCAAUUCUCUCAAGCUGAUGCUUUAUGAUAAGAUGCAUCAUUCCGAAUUUUGACAAAAUCUUCCAUGUCUAAUACUGCGGGGGUCACCCUGUCUCUGGUUUUCCUCAAACCGCGACGUCGCCC